GGAAGUCAAAGGUCAGCGUAACCUGCAGGAGGCUGCAGCUCCGCAGCUCCACACGGACCGGGAUGGAGACCAGGAUGGAGAGCAGGUCCCUGGACCUGGACCCGGAGGGGGGCCUGAAGGAGCUGGUCCUGAGGUGGUUCACCGAGACCCAGGCGCCCCUCAUCCUGCACAACGGGAACUUCCCCGACUGGUUCCAGGGACUCGCCGCCAGAAAGGAAGCUGAGGAUCUGCUGAGAGAUAAGGCUCUGGGCUGCUUUCUCAUCCGCCUCAGCGAUAAGGCCAUCGGCUACAUCCUGUCCUACAGGGGCCAGGACCGAUGCCGCCACUUCGUCAUCACCCAGAGUCCCGGCGGGGAGUUCGUCAUCGCCGGAGACAGCCAGCUGUUUGGGAGUCUGGCCCAGCUGAUAGAGCACUACAAGCUGAGCCCCAUCGAGCCGUUCGGAGAGGUCCUGACCUCCAGCUGCUGCCAGGCCGACACCGGUGAGCUGUAUGACAUGGUGAACACCAGAGGGAAGUCUGGUGUCAGUGUCCAGGCUCUCCGGACAAUGUGGGACCAGAAAAAAGAUAAUCAGGGCGAAACUGGAAAAACCCAAAAGUUCCCGCAGGAACCGGUCCCAGCUCAGCCGCCGGUUCUUCCCCCGAAGACUGCGCCCAGGAAGCUGACGGGGACGGUUUCUGUAGACGUGACGUCGCUGCCGCAGGGUUCUCCGGUUCCUCCGGUCCCCAAGAGAGGUCUCCCCCUGGGCUUCAUCCUGGGUGGGUCUCUCCCGGAAACGUCUCACUCGAGUGAAGCCCAGACCAGAGGAACCCCAGCCCCAGACCCCAGCAGCAGGGGGUCUCCAGGAGGUCCUGGUCCUGGUCCGGGGGAUCUGCUGAACCAGGUGGAGAACCGGAGAAGGUCUCUGCCUCAGCUAGACAACAGCAGCAUGGAGGAGGAGGAGGACGAGUCCUUCACGGCCUCCAUCCCUCCCAAGAGGGUGACCUGUGUCACCUACUCCCUCCACACCUGCUCCCCCACCGCGCUGGGCUCCAGGUUCCAGCAGCAGAGCCCUGGGGAGGAGCCCCUGAAGUCCAACCCCCUGUACCAGUCCUCCGAGCCUCCUGGGGGGCCUCCGGCCCGGCAGGGAGACAUCACCUACGCUGAGGUUCCUCAGGAACCAGCAGCACCGCCGGAUGGAACCUACGAGCAGAUCCAGGACAAGGGAGCUGAAGCUCCGAGCAACACCUACGAGUCUCUGGAGGACGUGAAGACCAAGAAGAAGUCCACCUGGGGGAAAAAUAAUAUGAAUUGGAAGAAGUUCCUUCCAGACUACAAGAAGAAAUAAACAGGAUAUUUCUCUGCCGGAGUUCCUCAAGUCACCAUGUUGGGUCUCCUUUUAUUUUCUGUCAAGUUCUUUUAAAGGACUUUGCCAUGUAUCACUAGUUUUAGAAAUAAAGAGACUGGAUCACUUCCUGAGUUUGGACCGUAUUUGUCUUUGGGCCAAAACAACGAUUCCCGUCUGCUGCAGCUGUGAAACGUCUAUGUGGACGAUGGUUCAACAUCCACAAGAUCCUCAGUUUGGAGGAUUAGAAGCUGAUUUCAGACUGGACACAGAACAUGGAUGGAUGGAUGGAUGAUGAUAGAUGAUGGAUGGAUGACGAUGGAUGGAUGAUGGAUGGAUAUUGGAUAGAUGGAUGAUGGACAGACUGAUUGAUGGAUGGAUGGAUGGAUGAUGAUGGAUGGAUGACGAUGGAUGGAUGAUGGAUGGACAGACGGAUGGAUGACGAUGGAUGGAUGGAUGGAUGGAUGGAUGAUGGAUGGAUGGAUGAUGGACAGACAGAUGGAGGAUGGAUGGAUGGAUGAUGGUUGGACGGACGGAUGGAUGGAUGAUGGAUGGAUGGAUGGAGGAUGAAUGGAUGGAUGGAUGGAUGGAUGAUGGAUGGAUGGAUGAUGGAUAUAUGUAUAACUCUCUUCAGCAUAAAUAACAUGAUAAAUGUUAUUUUAAUGUGCCCUUUGAUAUUAAAAUCCUGAUUGAAAGUUAUCCUUUACAUGAUUAAGUUGGGAUGUAAAGAACGUCAGUCUCCUGUUUCAUGUUUUUGUCACACAAACAGCCCAGGUACAGUUAAAUUGUGCAUUUGUUUUCUUUUCCACAAUUUUCAGCAGUUGGCAAACGCUUUAUGGCAAUAGCCACUAGGUGGCGCAUGCGCCGCGCAGCAGUCUGUCUUUCUGAAGCUUUUUUUUUAAACAAAACUUUAUUGAAAAUAUACAAACUCUCAAAGAGGAUAAUGGACAAAUAUCAAUUUAAAUGCAAUAUUAUAAGAAAGGGAAAAAAAAUAAAAUAAAAAAAUGGGGAUUUUUGUAAGGAAUACAAAAAACAAAAAAACAAGGCGAUCUAAGAUUUAAAAGGUGCACAUGAAUAACAAAAUAAAUUAAGCAUUUAAAUUCACAUAAUGGAGCAUAGAAAAGGAGAGGAAUUAUUCAAUUAUAAUAACAAAUAACAAGCAAGGUCUAAACUUAUUUUACUUGCAUUUUGGUGUUCUACUAUUUUGAGACAUGUGAAAAAAAUCUUAAAAUCGUUAAUAAAACCCCGGAAUGAGGAUUUACAAUUUCUCCAUUUGGCACAAUGAAUACCCAGUACUUACCCGGUAACAAAAUUAUAUUAAUGAUAUCAGAAACAUAAAAUUCCAAUCCUUCCAUGAAGAAAAUAAUAUGGCUUAAUUCAAAAGGUGGAACAUUAUUCAUUUUAAGAGAUAUCCAAUUGUGUAUGUC